AUGACUGGUUCAGGAUCUCCUUGUGGAGCCUGCAAAUUCUUGAGAAGAAAAUGUGUGAGAGGUUGUGUUUUUGCACCUUACUUUUGCCAUGAGCAAGGUGCUACUCAUUUUGCAGCCAUUCAUAAGGUCUUUGGUGCAAGCAAUGUCUCAAAGCUCCUUGCUCACCUUCCUGUCAGUGACCGUUGUGAAGCUGCAGUCACAAUUUCAUAUGAAGCUCAAGCAAGACUUCAGGAUCCAAUUUAUGGCUGUGUCUCCCAUAUUUUUGCACUCCAACAACAGGUGGUCAAUUUACAAGCACAACUGGCUAACCUUAAGGAACAAGCAGCUCAGAGUUGUCUCAAUGCCUCUGUCAAUGGAAACCCUAGUGAAAAAUUAUUUGAAAAAUCUUCAGCUGCUUUUCCGCAAGAUCUCCAAAGUUGGUUUCAGGUGGAAAAUUUCAACCAGGGGCCAGAAUUUCCUCCUAACAUGUGUACUAAUUUAUCAACACAAAAACAUUAUGGGAACAAUGCUCUCAUGGAAGAUCUAAAUCCUAUUGGGGUUAAUUGUGAAAAUUGCGGUGCCAUGGAAGAAAAUAGCUCCUUUUCUGGCUUUGAUGAGUGUUCUAAUAGCUAUUCCAUGUCUUAUGACAUGCAAACAAACAAGAGAACGUGGGGUUUUCAUGAAGUGGAGGACCUACAUUCAGUGGCUUUUGGAUACAGUGCACGAUCACAUUCCUGA